AUGGCCACACCCACAUCCCAGGCACAGGAGGUCAUCACCUGUGACCUUUGUGUCAAGCCUACCCAGCAGUUCUGUAACAGUUGGCAAGUCAGUUUGUGUGUGGACUGUGUUAAUAAACAUGUGGACAAGCUCAAGUACCAACCACAUGACAUCGUUCAUUUCAAAGACAGAAAGGUGGCUUUCCCCGAGUGUGAAUUUCAUUCCAACCAGAGAUGUGAGGCCCAUUGCCAGCAAUGUGAUGUUCCGGUUUGCCUGAAAUGCAUACUUGGUCCCCAUAAUGGACACAAAGUCAAGGAUAUUUCAGAAAUUUUCAACGACAAGAAAAAGACUCUUGGAAAAGAAACCGAAGAAAUAGAAUCCAGCAUUAUUACACAGUACAAGAAGAAAAAUGAAGAAACAGAAAACAAACUAUCCAUUAUAAUGUCUGAAUUUGAUGAACUCGACAAAGAAAAAGAAACACACAGAAAAUUAUGGCACCAAGAAGUAGACACCAUUUUCAAUAAGCUUGGAUCUUUGAUGAAGUCCAUGAAAGAGAAUCUCCUUGCUGCUCUAAACUCUCACCAAUCAAAAAUCAAAGAUCAAAUUCCAGACAUGAUCCAAACAGUUGAACAAAAUAAAGAAAUUCUUAAGUCAAACAAUGUGUCUGCAGUCACUAACUACACAGAAAUAUGCCUACUGAUAUUGAUGUCAAACUGCCAUCACUCAAAACCAACACAGUUCAAGGGAGAUAACUCAGCCUGGAAUUAUGAGAAUACAAGGCAAGCCUGA